UAUUGACAGAUUUUUUUCUCUUCAUGGAAGGGAAGGUUUCAAGAGUAGGCUGGUGGUGAAAUUGGUAUCCCAUAUCUAGGCUUGAAUUGUUGGGGGCAAGGUACCCAAAAGAAGUUUCAGGGGGCAUAUUGACAUUGAAGGUUGACCAAAUAUUCUGUCAGCCACACGGUUACAGGAACCUAAUUAAAUUCCUCUCUUCUGGUAGAACAGCGGCUUAAAAAGAACAAAUGACGAAAUAACAGAUACGCUGGCUGUACUCUGGUAACAGGGCCGGGAAAGCCUGGGAAGGAAACCGAAAUAUGUAGUGCCCAGUUUUACUCUGUUAUGGCAUAAAUACAAGAUGGCGGAAUUAGGUGACAUAAUUAUUUGAAUAGAGUUGUUAAAACUGUUACCUUCCAUCAAGACAGCAAAAUUGUGGUUUUAUCGAUUUGAUUUUUGUAUUAUGCUUUGGUUGCUUCUUCGAACCGCUGGCCAGAGGGGAUUUGUUUCGAAUCUUCAUUAUGGCCAUCUGGGUUCAACGUUCUGUAAGCCUAUGGCGAGAGAACGAUUUCAUAGCAUAAUGCGAAACAGGGUUAUCUGCACGAGAUGCUUUAAAGACCUUGAAGUUACAAAGGAAAUUACCUACAGACCAGCAAAGCGCUUAAAAAUGUUUCCAAGUUUGAUGUGGGGUGUCAGUCGCCGUCUUGUAGUGACUCGUGUCGGCUCGAAAGGUCAUUCGGCCUCUAGUACGCGAAACAAGACAACAGCGAUAUAUAUAAUAGCCUUAGCAAUCACAGUUGUGGGAGCAUCAUACCUUGCUGUACCUCUUUAUCGUCUUUACUGUCAGGCAACAGGGUUAGGUGGAACAGUGAAGAGAGAGGAGUCUGGGGAGAAGAUUGAGCAGAUGGAAAGAAAGCCGGAAAGAGAGUUAGUGAUCAGGUUCAAUGCAGAUAGGAGUGCUUCCAUGCGAUGGAACUUCAGACCUCAACAGACAGCUAUCAGGCUUGUACCAGGGGAAACAGCUCUGGCAUUUUACACUGCUACUAACCCAACUGAUGAGCCCAUUACAGGAAUUUCAACAUAUAAUGUGAUACCCUUUGAAGCAGGGCAGUAUUUCAACAAAAUCCAGUGCUUUUGCUUUGAGGAACAGAGACUGAAUCCACAUGAGCAGGUGGAUAUGCCAGUAUUUUUUUAUAUUGAUCCAGAAUUCACUGAAGACCCUGCCAUGGCUAAAGUGGACACCAUAACUCUCUCCUACACAUUCUUUGAAGCGAAAGAGGCUGAAAGGCUUGGUUUAUAGUGAUUGCUUUGUUCUUCGCCGUGUAAAAUGGAGUUAACUGUAAUACUAUUCUGUACAAAAUACCAUAAAUUAAUUGCAAGGGUCGACUAGCGAAGAGAUAACUUGUCAUUUAAAAAGAAUAUUCGAAGACUAUUCGAACGCACGCUCGACUCGCCUACCACGAAAAGACGUGACAUCAGGGAACAGCUUUACACGCGUUAUAUAUCUCUUCCAAGGACUUUCACGGGAAUUCUUUCGCUCAACGUAUGCCUUGAGGUGUAUUUUAUUUCCUGAGGAAGAACCACAGGUGAUGAAGUAUUACUUCAAUAAAAAACAACUUAAAUCACUUUUGCCUAACAAUUUCAUUUCAUUCCCUAUGUUUCCUGUUCUCAUCGAAAUCUUUUAAGCUUGCCAGUUCGUUGAGAUUUUCUUUUAAAGACGGUUUUCAUCGGGAGCCGAAUUUGUUUUCCAUGAGUGUACCAUGGCAGGUUAUUUUUUUUUUUUCGAAAUAGAGAUAAGACGAGGAAUCGUUAUCUUAAAAUACAAGCGGUACGAUAAGUAAAUGUGUCGAGAUAUCCUUCCAGUGUUUCAGGGUAGAAUCCCAUGAAUGAAGUUUUAUUUCUUGCGGGAGACGGUUGCACUUGUAAAUAAUUUGACGGUUGCUUGUUAAUUUUACUGCUUGAAUUUUUCAUAACUUGAAAGCGCCAACACUACUCCAAGCCAUGGGCAUAUCUCACAUAACAAUUCUCAGUCAUACUUAUUUUGGCUAUUUCCUAUGCGCAAAUCCGCAGGCGAAGUGUAUUGCGUAAGUGUAAAGCAAUUAAUGCUAUCUUUUUAUGUAUAUACGGGCUUCAACUUUUUUAUUUUUUGAACUUUCUGAAUAUUUUUGUCCUAGAUAGACAAAACACUGUUGAGUAUUUGAAAUCUUAUCACAACUAAAAGGUUUUUAGUGUCGCUCAAUGAGUUAGUUUUUUUUUAUUUAAGGUUGAAAAUUUUUUUUUUUUUUUUAUUGUAUAGUAGGGGCAAAGGCCGAGUGACUCGCUGAUGUGGAACGGUUAGUAACAUAUCAACCCUCAUCACUCAAACAUGCGCAGUUAUUCAAUUAGCUUUGCCAAACUAGAAUACAAUUUGUAAAAAAAAAAAAAAAAGUUAUUAGGUAGGGAGACCACUACAGCCUAACCAAUUACAGCGGAUCCCUCGUAAAUUAUUUAGAUAAAAAAAUACUUAAUAACUAAAUCUACGAAUAUGUAAGCAGAAAACUUAGGAGAAAACAAAAAGGAAGAUUUGUAGAUACGUUUGACGGCACCUGGAGUGUUUCCCGAGAGAAGUCCGUUCUGUUCUUUAGCUCUGAAUUUAUCAGAAAAGGAUCUGAAAAAGGAUCUGAAAAAGGAUGAAUUUUGUGCCGUUUACUUUCAUAACGUGGAGCUUGACUUCAAUGUAGUUCUCGUACUUAUGGAUAUCUAGGAGGACGAUCUCAAUGGUGUAACUCAUGUUAGCCGUAAAACAGCAAAAAAUUAACCGUCAGUCGAAAAAAUAAAUUGAUUGUAAAAUA